UGCAUUAGUAAACCUGAGGUGAUCCUCAAGUUGGAGAAAGGAGCAGAGUCAUGGAUGAUAGAAGAACAACCAAACCAGUGCCUCCCAGAUGUCCAGAUAAUCAAUGACCUAAUUGAGAGGAGCCAGGAAAGUCAUGGUAGAUACUUGUGGCGAGGUGUAAUCAUCAAUGGAAAUCAAUCAACUGAGGAGAGAGUGGAGUUAGGAAAAUCAGUGAAUGCACAUUCAAUGUAUAUUUUGAAUAUGGUUUUAAAUAAUGAAAACUAUUCAGGAGUGGGGCAUGAGGAGUUUGACAAAUGUCAGAAUGCAGUUCUUCCAGAGACCGGUGCCAUGUGUACUGGACAGAAACCUGAUAAGCAUAAUAUAUCUGAGGAAUCGCACAGUCAUCAUGAGCAUCUUAGUGAGCAUCCUAAGAUUCCAGCUGGGCAACUUUCUGAAUAUAGUGGAAAAGGACAAUCCUCCAACACAGUGCCAAUAAUAUUUGCAUAUAAGAAAACUCAUAUGGGUGAGACCACUUGUAAAUAUAGUGACUAUGGGAAAGCCUGUAAUAAGUCAUCUGUCAUUGCCCAAAAGAUAGCUCAGGUAGGGAUGAAAACUUUUCAAUGUAUCAUAUGUGGGAAAAUGUCCUAUAAAAAGGCUAGACUUACUCAACAUCAGAUUAUACGCACAGGAGAGAAACAUGAUAAAUGCAGUGAGUGUCAGAAAUCUUUAAUCAAGCAAUCAUACCUUAUUUCAUAUGAGGGAACAUCUACAGGGAAAGCUUUUAACCAAAAGUCAGCCCUCAACAGGCAUCAGGGAAUUCACAAAAGUAAAACAACAUAUGAACGUAAGGAAAAUUCAAAAGCUUUUAACCAAAUGUCAGCGUUCAGUAUGCAUUGGAGAACUCACCCAAGUGAUAAGCCCCACAAAAGUAAUGGAUGUAGAAAAAGAAUUAACAAGCCAUCCUUCAGAAUGAAUCAGAGUACUCACACAGGGAAAACACCUUAUGAAUGUAAAGAAUGUGGAAAAGCUUUUAAGCAAAAGCCAAAACUCAGCAGGCAUCAGAGAAUUCACACAGGUGAGAGACCAUAUGAAUGUAAAGAAUGUGGAAAAGCUUUUAAACAAAAGUCAACCCUCAAUAUGCAUCAGAGAAUUCACACAGGUGAGAAACCAUAUGAAUGUAAAGAAUGUGGAAAAGCUUUUAACCGAAAGUCAACCCUCAGCAAGCAUCAGAGAAUUCACACAGGUGAGAAACCAUAUGAAUGUAAAGAGUGUGGAAAAGCAUUUUAUGAAAAGUCACACCUCAGCAUGCAUCAGAGAAUUCACACAGGUGAGACACCAUAUGAAUGUAAAGAAUGUGGAAAAGCUUUUAAACAAAAGUCACACCUCAGCAUGCAUCAGAUAAUUCACACAGGUGAGAGACCAUAUGAAUGUAAAGAAUGUGGAAAAGCUUUUAACCAAAAGUCAAUCCUCAGCAUGCAUCAGAGAAUUCACACAGGUGAGAAACCAUAUGAAUGUAAAGAAUGUGGAAAAGCUUUUAAUCGAAAGUCAGAGCUCAGCAUGCACCAGAGCGUUCAUCCAAGUGAGAAACCAUAUAAAUGUAAAGAAUGUGGAAAAGAUUUAAAGUUAAAGUCACACCUCAGCAUGCAUCAGAGAAUUCACAGAGGUGAGAAACCAUAUGAAUGUAAAGAAUGUGGAAAAGCUUUUAAACAAAAGUCACACCUCAGCAGGCAUCAGAUAAUUCACACAGGUGAGAGACCAUAUCAAUGUGAAGAAUGUGGAAAAGCUUUUACCCAAAAGUCAGCCCUCAGCAUGCAUCAGAGAAUUCACACAGGUGAGAAACCAUAUGAAUGUAAAGAAUGUGGAAAAGCUUUUAACCAAAAGUCACACCUCAGCAUGCAUCAGAUACCCCACACAGGUGAGAGACCAUAUCAAUGUAAAGAAUGUUGAAAAGCUUUUAACCAAAAGUCAAUCCUCAGCAUGCAUCAGAGAAUUCACACAGGUGAGAAACCAUAUGAAUGUAAAGAAUGUGGGAAAGCUUUUUAUGAAAAGUCACACCUCAGCAUGCAUCAGAUAAUUCACACAGGUGAGAAACCAUAUGAAUGUAAAGAAUGUGGGAAAGCUUUUUAUGAAAAGUCACACCUCAGCAUGCAUCAGAUAAUUCACACAGGUGAGAAACCAUAUGAAUGUAAAGAAUGUGGAAAAGAUUUUAAUGAAAAGUCAUGCCUCAGCAAUCAUAAGAGAAUUCACAGAGGUGAGAAACCAUAUGGACGUAAAGAAUGUGGAAAAGCUUUUAAUUGAAAGUCAGAGGUCAGCAUGCACCAGAGCAUUCAUCCAGGUGAGAAACCAUAUGAAUGUAAAGAAUGUGGAAAAGCUUUUAAUGAAAAGUCACACCUCAGCAUGCAUCAGAUAAUUCACACAGGUGAGAAACCAUAUGGAUGUAACGAAUGUGGAAAAGCUUUUAAACAAAAGUCACACCUCAGCAUGCAUCAGAGAAUUUACACAGGUGAGAGACCAUAUGAAUGUAAAGAAUGUGGAAAAGCUUUUAACCAAGAGUCAAUCCUCAACAUGCUUCAGAGAAUUCACACAGGUGAGAAACCAUAUGAAUGUAAAGAAUGUGGUAAAGAUUUUAACCGAAAGUCACACCGCAGCAGGCAUCAGAAUCACAGAGCUGAGAAGCCACAGUAAUGUAAAGAAUGUGGAAAAGCUUUUAACCAAAAGUCAACCCUCAGCAUGCAUCAGGGAAUUCAUACAGGUGAGAAGCCACGUGAAUGUAAUGAAUGUGGAAAAAGGUUUUUUUUUACAAUGUCACAGUUGAGAAGACAUCAGGAUACUCACACAAGAAAAAACCCUUAUGAAUGCAAUAUGACAGGCCCUGUACUGAAAUUCCCCCUAACAGAUAAAAAAUAAUUCACAGAAAGGAAAAUCUCAGUGAAUGUAAUAUAUAUAGGAAAAGAUUUUUCCAGGAGUCAUACUGCAAGACAUCAGAGAACUUGUAUCUGGAAGAAGACCUGUAAAUAUACAGUUGUCCUCAGGCAUUGAAGAAUAUCUUGAGGAUCCCCUAUUGAUAUAAAAAUUUGCUGAUGCUCAAGUCCCUUCUAUAAAUGUUGUAGUGUUUGUGUAUUACCAAUUCACUUCCUGCUGUGUAUUUUUCAUCUUGUGUAGAUUACUUAUAAUACUGAAAAAAUGUGAAUACUAUGUAAAUUGUUAUACUGUGUUGUUUUUCAGUUGUAGAAUAGUUUCAUUUACUGUUUUUAUUUACUUUUGAGGAUUUUUGAUAAGUAGUUUCUUGAAUCACCAGGUCUGUAACCCUCAGAUGUGGAAGGAGGACUGUAAUGAGGGUGAAAACAUCUUUUCUCCAAAGUCUCAAGGCUGACUAUGGUUAGAGCAUUUUUGCUUAUAACAUUGGUGCUCUUUACACAAAUGAUCUCCAUACCAGCCAUGCACCAUAAAAUAAAUAAAUAAAAAUGAAAAGGAAUCACAUCGUAGCAGGCAUUAGAGGAUUUAAAGAGGGGAGAAAUUCUAUAUGGGUUAAACUGACUGUGUGUUUUUAAAAAUAAAACCACUCUUUUCUCUAGUUUGCAUAGCCUACAAUCUGAGCAUUCCACAAUUGGGUGGAUGACCAUGUAAUUUAACUCUGUUCAGGGGAAUAUAGAUAUAAGUGGUGAACAUUACUUCCAGUUCAGACAACAAAAUAAAAAAAUUCCAUUCAGUUCCUGGUUUCUCAUAUUAUUUGCAACUGAAUAAAGAUGACUCUUGGGUGCACAUGGGGGCCACAGGUGAAAGAAAUCCAUCCUAAUUUAAAAUAGAAGAAAUUGAAGAAACCAGAGAUAUUCUCGCCACUACCCCAAAACCUCUGUUUACACAUUAUAUAAGAAAUUAUUUCCUGUUAAGCCAUUUUAUGUGUGCCCUGUUUACAUUACAACACAAGAGGUGCCCUCCAGCUAAAUGAUUUUAUAGACUUUCUGAGAGGAUUUUCCAGUCCUUGUAUAUGGGAAGAGAAUCCUGCAUUGUCACCAUUUAUACCCAAGUCAGUUUGUGGGAAAACCUAAUUAUGGGGAGAAAGAAUGCAAUAGAUGUGACACUUCUUAUUGGGACAGUUUAUUGAACAGUGAAAAUAAAGUUAAAUAUCUUUCUAAAUCUCUAUAAUGUGUCAAAGCUUUCAAGAAAACUUUCAACACUUUAUGUCAGAAUUUGAAAUGAAGAGAAAACUAUAAUAAAUAUAAGUUUUCAAAUAUGAUAAA